AUGUCAACGCAGACGUGCUUCAACGACGACCACAACGACGACCACUCCACAACUACGACGACCACCCCUUCAACCACGACGACCACUCCACAACCACGACUACGACGCCCAGCACCACAAUUACAACAACGACGACCAACACCACAACGAAUACUACCACCACAUCGAAUACCACCACAACCACAACCACAGCGACGACGACCACCACACCACAAUCACGAAGACCACCACAACUACGACGAGGACCUCCACAACUUCGACAACAACGACCACCACAACAACGACAAUGAUGACCACCACAUCUACCACGACGACCUCCACAACUUCGACAACGACAACCACAACUACGACAAUGACGACUACCACUACAACUACGACAACCACCACAAUCACGACAACCACCACAACUACGACGACCACCACCACCAUCACAACUAUGACAACGAUGACCACCACAACUACGACAAUGACGAUCACCACGUUUUUUCUCUAAGAUUAUAUGUCAAAAUUACCAAAUGUUGGACAUACAACAGUUUAUGA